GUAGGCGUUAAGAUGUGGAAGUUUAUAUUCGUAGCUGUUACAGUCGCCGUGACUGUCCGAGCCGGAGUUCCUCGAACGGAAACGCGAAUCGUGGGCGGCACGGAUACCACCAUUUUGCAGCAUCCCUACAUAGUGUCGAUCCGCAAGCUCAAUGAGCAUACCUGCGGUGGCAGCAUCCUGGAUACCCGCACCGUACUGACAGCUGCUCACUGUGUGUAUUACCCGCAUCUGACGGCUGCCGAUUUCAUCAUCCAUGCCGGGUCCACUUACCGACUGAACGACGGCGAGUAUCGAACUGUUUCGGAGCUGCACGUGCAUCCCGAUUACGAUGAUUGGACCCUGGAGUAUGACAUCGCGGUGCUAAAGGUGGCCACCGGGUUCGCUUUCGGUAGCACAAUUCAACCGAUCCGGCUGCCAUCGGAGGAUUUCAAAAUUGAGCACGGUACCCUGGCUUCGGUUGCCGGCUGGGGAACACUUUAUUACCAAGGUCCCAGCACCAACCACUUGCAGCACGUGCUGGUGCCGGUGGUGCGCAAUUCCCAGUGUGGAAUGGCGUACCAGAACUUCGGAACCAUCUGGUCGUUCCACCUGUGUGCCGGGGGUAGUGGAGUGGAUGCCUGUCAAGGUGAUUCCGGUGGUCCGCUAGUGUACGACGGACAGGUCAUCGGAAUCGUUUCCUGGGGCUACGGUUGUGCCUUCAACGGUUACCCGACCGUCUACACCAGAGUGACCGAAUUCCUGGACUUCAUUCGAGGGAAUUUGUGAGCGAUGUAACUAUGAAUUGAGAGAUGAAAUAAUGAUGAAAUAGUCUAAGAUGUGUUGUGAGCCUUCUUGGUUGAAUAAUUCUACUAAAUCAAAGCAAUCGAAAGAUUCCCUUCAAUUCAACCACGGUAUAAGAACAGUUCGCAUAUACCGGUAUUUCGAUGGUUACUAGCUAACUCACUGAAGAAGAUAGUAAGUUGCUAUCGAAAAACCGGUAUAUAUGAACUGUUCUUAUAUCGUGGUUGAAUUGAAGGGAAUCUUUCGAUUGCUUUGAUCCAAAUGAAAUAGUGAUAUUUUUUAAAAACAUA